CCUACUUCAGAGUGCGCAUCGACCUGGAGCUUAUGAUCUCUCUUCUGUAGCUCUUCUCUAUCAGUCGCACUUAUAUUUUUUUCUGCAGCAGAAUCUUCUCCUUUAUCUGAAAGAUUCAAUCUAGUAUUGAGCAGCAGACAAUGACACAAAUGACAGCGUUCAUUGCUUACGCAAUUCUAUUAACGUAUUUGUUAACCGUGAAAGCAGAGCUCAUUGUAUCCCCUGCUCUCAAAGUAUUGAGGGGGAGGAAUCUAUUGAAUGUUACGCCAGCACAAAACACUUGCAAGUUCAACUCGACAAUAUGCAGCGAGCCAAACUCUGCUGGUUCUAAGUGUUGUGACGAGGUCUGCGUCGACACGUCCAGCGAUGAGAAUAACUGCGGCUCUUGCGGCCGGGACUGCAGUUUCGGAAAAACAUGUUGUGAUGGUGAUUGUGUCGAUCUGCAAAAAGAUGAAGACAACUGUGGAAGAUGUGGACUGAAAUGCCCCAAGACGAUCUCGAUUAACAACCUCAACGGAAAAUGCGAGAAUGGUCUCUGCGACUACAACUGAUGAUAAGGAUCAUGAAGUAUCUGAUAGCUCCCGCUGUGAAGUCUUUCUGAAUAGCUCUGGUUCCAAAUUAGGUUCAAAAUAUAUCCAAAUAGCCAAAUAUUAAUUCAAAAAGUUUUAUCUUCGGCCAGACUGCCCUGAAACUUACGACGAGCUUUGAGUUGUCAAAAUCGGCCUGAUAUGUACGAGAUUUUUCUAUGUUUUAUAUCUAGGUCGUUGAGAAGCCUUCGGUCUUCACGUUGGUUUUCUCUAGUCCAAUUUACGUACAUCUACACCGAACAAUUCUAAGAUACAUAUCGAUGAGGUCCAAACCAUAAUGGCUAGAUAGCAUUAGUAGCAAUCUAGUAAUAGAAGUAGGGACCAAUUUUAGAUGAUUGCACUGUUAUGGCUUCUUUCGGCGGAGACGUGUAUUUUCCUUAUGGAACACAAUUGAACAAAACCAAAAAGUUCCAUGUAUAUUCAUAGAAGAUCUUGACGACACCACUAGUGGCAUGGCCAUGCACGUAAGCACG